CCCGAAGGGCGGCCAAAGGGAGGCCAAUCAUUAUUGAUGAUCCUAUAGCAUAAUAUCGCACCUUCACGAAUACUGCCUGCAUUCGGAUUAUUUCUCACUCUCUCUUCCUUUUUUUUUUCCUGAAUGACAUGUCCCAUGUCCUUCAACCAUUGAGACACUCUACAGCCAAAAACAUCAUCUUAUCGCGUCCUAUCAGUCCACCCGACUGUGUCAUCGCAUCAUCUAGACCCUUCUGCUCCUCAUCCGCCGCAUCCUCCCUAGCAACCCCUCAAUCACAUUCUCUCGUAUUGUUCAACUCCUCACGUCCACCAAACUUCCCUCCCAUAAACCCCUCUAUUACCUUUUCUCAACCUUUUCGAAAAAUCAGCAUGACGACCGGUAAUUCUGCCGCGCCUCCCGCGAAUGGCACCACGGAGGCUGGUCCGAAGAAACUCAAGGCCCUCAUGCUUCACGGCUACACACAGUCCGGUCCACUAUUCCACGCCAAAACACGCGCUCUUGAAAAGACCCUGCAAAAAGCCUUCCCGGCCGCUCCUGCCAUUGGACACGUUCCCUCACACCCUGGCGGUAUUGAACUCGUAUACCCUACUGGUCCCACGAAACUCCGCGUGUCCGACAUUCCGGGCUACGACGUUCAAGGCGCGACCUCGUCUUCGCCGGGCGAAGAACCCGAAGCAUACGGCUGGUGGCGCAAAAAUGACGAAACGGGGGAAUACAUUGGACUAGAGCGCGGACUGGCACACAUUGGAGAGGUAUUAAAGACACAAGGACCUUUCGCGGGCGUGAUUGGCUUUUCUCAGGGCGGCGCCGCGACGGGCAUGAUUGCAAGUUUACUAGAACCCGGUCGGAAAGAGGCAUUUGCCGAAUUGGCCGCAGCGACUGCGGGCUCAGAGAAAGCCGGCAUUGAAUUUCCCCCGGAGUUCGACCCGACCAAGACUCCCGGGUUCAGUCACCCUCCGCUCAAAUUUGCAGCGAGUUAUAGCGGUUUCGCGGCGCCAGAUGCGCGAUACAAGGCGUUUUAUCAACCAAAGAUUUACACGCCCCUGCUGCAUGUCAUGGGCAGUUUGGACACCGUGGUGGAAGAGAAGCGCGUGAGGACAUUGAUUGAUGCCUCGACGGGCAAGGAGGAGGAAAGAGUGAUUGUGCAUCCUGGUGGACACUUUUUGCCGAGUCAGAAGCAGUAUGUGAAUGCUCUGAUUGGGUUCAUAAGGCAGAGUCUCGCAAAGGCGGAGGCAGAGGAAGAGGAAAAAGCAGGAAGGUGCAAGAAAAAUGAGGAAGAAAGCGUCGAGGAUAUGGAUGUGCCGUUUUGAAAAGAUCAAGUGCUACCAUGGUGCUUUCUAGAUUGCUAAUACCUUCAAUAGAGGUCGUCUUGGUAUAUAUUGGGAAACGGCAUCGGAAUAGAAUAUAGAUGGGAUCGAGAUUCUGGGUAGAUAAAGCCUCAUUUUUUGAAAGCAUAGCAUAAGCAUAUUUUAGAGAGACUCGGAUACUUUUAAAUACUGCCUCUAGAGAAAGCUACGACGACGAUGAAAAUGAUAGACUGGAUAGAAUUUGUAUAUUGACCACUCUACCGACAGAUUUCAUUGAAAACAAAGAAAAGAAAAGGAGAAUAUGAUGCUUGCCCGUAUCAAAUGAAGUGAGCCAAAGUCUAGGUAGACAGCCGAAUUUAGAUUUGGGAUACU